AACCAGGCCCGGUCCGGUUUCACGGCGUCGCACUACGGCUUCGUCGAAACUCGCGUCUACCAGCGCCGCGAAGGACUCCACGUUUUCACCGGCGCGAUCCACUUGGAGCAAUCCGCUGACUCUCGACGUUCCUGCCUUCGUCGCAGCCGCUGUUUACGUCCUGACGGUGGACUGGCUGGUGCAACGGAGGCGCGUUCGAUGCCGUCGCGUCGAGAACGCGUCAGUGACCCUUGCACGGCGCCCAAGGGACGUCCAGCCGGUCGAGGGCCCGAGACCAUGUGAGAGUGUAUCGUGUUAGACUAGUAUAGCGAGGACUCGGAAGGGCUACGUUUUGUGGGCGACGACAGGACGCCGCGACCGCGCUCCGGGGAUUCCCAACUAAGAUUACUCGUAUUACAGAUGAGUAACGAACUCGUCGAGAGUAAUUUAUGGUGUGAACAACGUCAGAGAGCCUACGACGAGGGACGAAUUAAAGAUGAAAGUGAGACGAAGGAUAAACUUUGACUGAGACAGUUCGCGAGGCUGCCCGUCGAGAUGAAACCGAGUGAGACUACGGUUUAGCCGGUGAUAGGACUCGCGAGAGGUCGAAACAAGCGUCAGAGGUGCGAAAUUGCGGAGCAAGAUUCCCCCCAGCGCAAAGAGUUGUUCGGAGUCGUUGGUACAAUCUCGUUGGUCAACCAUGUACGUUAAGAAGAAAUCGUGAAACUUGAACGGACAGAGAUGUAAAUAUGAGGAUAACACCUCAACGCCGGGCGGAUUAUUUCCGUAAGAUAGACAUUUAAAAAUGGUGUCGAGCGCCGCCGGAGAAUUACGAUUAAUUUGAAGACUCGUUUCGGGAAGAGGAGAGGGCAUCAUGAAAACACGGUCUACGAAAGCUCCGUUGUGAUCGGAUCGAGGAAACCUGAGCCUGUCACUGCGCGAGGAGUGGAUGCUUCUUCGGGCAAAGAUGUCGAGCACGCUGCCGGAGGCGACGAUGGGCCUGGACUCGUCGGACCCGGACGUCAGAUCGAGUCACCUGAUCUCGCGGCUGGAUCAGGAGUCGGAGGACGCGGAGAAGCGGGAUCAGGCGCGGGGAGCGGAAUGCAACAACGCGGACAGCGAUUGCGAGAGCGACACGAGCGAGGUGUUGAGCGUCGGCAGCGAACCGACGCCGACCAGCGUGGUUGGGGCGCGCGUGUGCGGCUCCAUGAGGUACGACCAGGAGUCCGCGAGCAGCCGGGGCGAGUUCCGCGACGAGGAGAACACGAGAACGUCGGCGACGCCAUCGCCGUCCAGCUCCACCAGCUGCAACGACCUGUAUUACCAGCGUGCGUCCGGGAAUCACGUCCCGGCGCCGAGCCCACCCGGCUACAGUCAACCACCGUCGUCCCCUACGGCGUCUUCCGUGAGAUCUCCGGCUUCCUCCUCGGCUACCGCCUCGUCGCCCGGUCGGCCGGAAGCUAUACAAGAGGCUAUCGUACCUAGAUACCAAUCCAGUCAUCAGCAACACCUUCUUGCCCGAUACUCCUCCAGGGAGCCUGACAUCUCCGACUAUUCGGCGCGAGUCCAGCACGGCCUCGGCCACGAAAUCGUCUAUCCCGCCGUGGAGAGGUUACAUCGUACGCCGAUAAGCGUUCCUCUGGUGACGAGACUCUCGUUGUCACCGCCGUCGGCCAUGACGGUCACCGGGCUCCAAGCGACGACGCCCGUCCUUCAUCCCGCUGCCUGCCGAGACCUGCGGGAGACUACCUCGUUGAUGCCGCAUCACAGUCAGCAUCUGCAUCACGCCAACGCCCACACGCACCUGCAUCAGGGCUCGCAGGUGCAGCACGUGCCGGCGAACUCUGUGCACCAGCACCGGCUCUCGGUCAGCAAGCUCCUGCAGCGGGAUCCCGGGAGCCCGGCGUCGCCCGGCGCCCGGGACGAGAACGGCCGUACCUUGCCCGCCGCGAACGGCGUGCAGAACAGCAUCGGCAACAACGGCAACCAUCACAACAACAAUAACAACAACAACAACAACAACCUGCAGCAUCAGGCGGGCCUCAAGUUCAGUAUAGAUAACAUUCUCAAGGCGGACUUCGGCAGGAGGAUCACGGAUCCUAUCUCCCUGAAGAAGUCGCGGCCCAAGAAAGUGUCGUCGAGGCCGAUCGAUCUGACCAAGGACUUUCUGGAGUCGUCCUCCGACGCUUCCGAGAGGGGCAGCUCGGAGACGACGACGGCGACGACCAACGCCUCCCCUACCGGCGUCUCCGCUGGGAAUGCGACGUCCAACGCGACCGGAGGGACCGAUCCUGGGAAGAUGUUGUGGCCAGCGUGGGUCUACUGCACCAGAUACUCGGACAGGCCUUCCUCGGGACGAAAACCAUCCCGUGUUCCAGGUCCACGUACGAGAAGAGUGAAGAGGACAGACGGACGCGGCGGCGGCACCCCCGAAGAAAAACGUCCCAGGACCGCGUUCAGCGGCGAACAGUUAGCGAGACUGAAGAGGGAAUUCGCGGAGAAUCGAUACCUGACGGAAAGACGAAGGCAGCAGCUCUCGAGGGAUUUAGGUCUGAACGAGGCGCAGAUCAAGAUCUGGUUCCAGAACAAGCGGGCGAAAAUCAAGAAGGCCAGCGGUCAGAAAAAUCCCCUGGCGCUUCAGCUAAUGGCGCAGGGGCUUUACAAUCAUUCAACGGUACCGCUUACUAAAGAGGAAGAGGAACAGGCCGCUGAGCUGCAGGCGAAAUGACGACUGCAAGCUUAAAUAUACGGACGCUCGGCAGGAUUUAGCUUGCAACUUUGACCCCUGAAUUUUGUAUCCGACUCCAAAGAAGCGAAAGCCAACGCAUUCUUUAUUCGAUUUCAGUCCUUUGUGUAAGAGUUUCUCAGAAAAAUUGUCACGUAUAAAUAAAAUCUGGAAGUGCCAGAUUACUUAGUGUGAAAAUUUUUCCCAAUACGACCAGAAGACACAUUCGAUCGUAGAAUCGCGUGAAAUAGUUUUUGGAACGAAUACUUUUUCUUCCGCAAAAAGCCAUUACUUAUCGCAAGACACCUUCGUUUUGUCUUUCUGACUUUGCAGGUUGUUGGAAACAAAUCAUAAAUCAACCAAAGCACGGUGUAAAUUUUCAUGUAUUAUUUUAAAAAGGGUAAAUAUACAUAUAGUAUAUUACUUUGAAGAGAGUCAUAUCAUCAGGCCAAAAAACUAAUGAAGAAAGCUUGUAGAGCGGACCAGAGUCAACGGUCUGUCAUUUCUCUUCCUUAAAAUGAAAGACUGGAAUAUUUAUUUCACUAGACGUAUUAGUACAACUCGUUAGACAGAGUCAAACUCGAGGAAUUCUUGUCUUGUAAUUAGAGCUUCCGAUAGAACAACAGUUUGGCGAAUGUCGUUUGCCCUUGUUCGAAAUAAACGUGAGCGGGAAGUUAGUUUUACCGAGAUGGCUGCGCGAAUAAGUUACGAUCGCUGUCCCUUGCCAUCGCUCUGAGAUGACAAACGCUACGGCACAGGUUCCUAGACCGCAGCGCGCGUACAGUUGAAACAGAGAUUUUGUAGGUGGAAGGCAAUCAAUGAUACAAGGCGCCUUAGAAAAACCGACGAAAUUCUUGAGAUGCUUUGUACAAAGUAUUACCGUGCGAAAGAAAAAAACCAGGAAUAGCUAAUGACAUUUCGUAUCGAGAGAGGUUUUCCCAAGAAGCGGUUACUGGUAUUGUGGAAUAAUCUUCUCUCGCGAAAUCGAUCGAGUCCGUCGAAGGAAUGAAAUACAUUCGAUUGUCGUGCGAUGGCAUGCAGCGAUUAGUUUGUUACGAAGGAGAUUAACAAGUGCCAUUUUUUGCAAUUUUUCCGGCAAGAUACGCGAAAGCUUACAGGACCUGGUCUGGUGAACGAAGGAGAGUCGAGAUCGGGCGGGU